CUCUGCUGAUAUAUGAAAGAGUGGAGUGUGUGUAUGGGAGUGUUUGGAUGUGAACUGCAGACAGCAGCUCCAAGUUCCGGUCAAGUUUUCUCGGUCUAUUUCACCGCCUCAGAAACUUUCCAGAACAGACAGACACUGAGGGGAAUCUGCUCGACAUCAGCAGGUGAGUUUUCCUUAAAAUGAACCAAUUUAAUUAGUUCAAAACACAAAACUAUUUCCCGAUAAACUCCUCGGGUUUGGUUUUGGGAGUUGAAGUUGGCGUUUGUUGCAUCCGGCUGCUGAUCCGCAGUCAGGGAUGUCUUCAGGUUUGUUAGUCCGUUCAAACUGUGUGACUUUAGGUCAUUGAAUGAAAAGAUUGUGGUUAUUUUUCCGUCGACGGUUAUGUUUUUUUCUCUUGAGCUCACAGAAGCUAAUAUCGCGACUCUUUGAGGAGAGUUUUUCCAACAGGGCGAGGCUCUGACUAAUCCGUGGAAAAACAAGUUAAACUAACGACCCUUACCGGAUUUAACCAAAGACUGUGUAUACUUUAUACUGACUGUAUAUCUCCAGUCUACGGCUCUUUAGACGAGUGACUACAGUCAGUAUCUGAUGUUGUUCCUGAGGUUCAGGGUCAGCCUGCGUCCUAACUGUCUGUUUACAGGCUGUUGCAGAGACUCAUAAAGUGCUUAUAUUUACAUAAAUAUAUUAUUGAUAAUACCCGUGAACACAAGGUUCAUAUUAACUCCCUGUCUGCUAGAAAAGUGAACCAGCUGCAGAUGACCAUGCAGUAUAAACUCUUUAUUUCCUGCUGUGUAUUCACAGUCAGAUUAAACUUCAGCUCCUGACAGGUACAGAAGCCCUGAGCAAAAAUCGACAAGAUCGUAGAAUCGCAAUUUAAAUCGAAUCGGCAUCCAAAAAAAGCAUUGAAUCGGGAGAAAAGCAUAUCGUCCCAGGCCCUAAUUAACAGUGUUGGUAAAAUAUGCAAUUUGAUGUACUGCAGUACUUGGUUAAAAAAAAAAAUUAAAUCCUCUCUUUAUUAUUUUUGUCACAAGUCUAGAUUGCAGUCAGGAAAGCAUUGCUUUACAUUCCAAUUGUGCACAAGGUGAAGAUAACAAAAAAAUUUCAUUGAAUGAAUUUAAUAAAAAAGCAGAAUUUGCCACACUGUGCUGACACUGCCCCCUGGCAAAAACUCAGUUUCUGGCACACAUGAAACCAUUAUCUCAAUGUAGGGCUGGACGGUAUGGAAAAAGGUUUAUCAUGAUAUAUUUUUUUUCAUAUCAGUUGAUGACGAUUUGUAUCACGAUAUAAAAAAUGAAAAUUUAACAGUGCUUAUUGGUAGUAUGUCUUUUGCUAUACAAUAAGCUACUGCAUCUGUGAGGUCUUUGUGUCUCUUUAUCGUUUUGUGGUAAGGAGUUGCGCUAAAGAAAGUGGACUAAAUGGUCGGCUGUUUCGGCUGCACAGGCGUUAUGGGCUCCUUGCUCCACUCAGUGUUUGUAACCUUUUGCAUUGUGCGUGCUCUGCCGCCUGGCACUGCUUCAGGUAGUGAAAAAGAUUUGAGGUAUUACUCCCCUUUGCGAGAACAUGGUAUCAAUUUGCAGUGCACAUUACUUCAUGUCCGACCUUGAAAAACCAAAAUACCUCCACACCACUGACGUUUUCGUGCCAGUGUUGUCGACGAUGUCAUCAUCUGCGUGUAGCUGCAGUCUGCUACUACAAGGUUGUUUGCUACUUGGUUCUAAUUCAGCACAUGAUUGGUUCAGCGCAAAGCAGACCCGGAGCAACUCCACUUUUCAUUGGAUUUUACCAAAACAUGGCAGAAUACCAAGUAUCGAAAAGCAUAUUUACCAUGUUUUAUUUUGAUAUUGAGGGACAUUAAUUUUUGAUAUUGUUAUUGUUUUAUCGCCCAGCCCUAUCUUAAGGUUAUCCUGAGCUAAAUUAUGCACAAAUAGUCCAUGGCCUAGGACAGUGGUUCUCAAGUCUAGUCCUCGAGGCCCACUGUCCUGCAUGUUUUGGAUGUUUCCCUGCUCCAACACACCUGAUUCAAAUGAUCAGCUCAUUAUCAAGCUCUGUAAUGGCUUAAUAACGAGCUCAUCAUUUGAAUCAGGUGUGUUGUUGCACUUGUAGAUAACACAUCCUCAGCGUCAACAAUGUAAAAUGAAGUGUUUUCUGUGUCCACAGCAGCAUGAGUCUGAGGGAAAUCAGUGAGAAUGUCAAACUGGCCCGAGAGUACGCUCUGCUGGGGAACUACAGCUCUGCCAGCGUGCUGUACCACGGCCUGCUGGAGCAGAUCAAAAAGUACGUGUACACGGUGCGGGACAGCAGCUUCCAGCAGAGAUGGCAGCAGGUAACCUGGUUUGAUAACACAUGUUAACAAUACGCAGAUUCAGGAGAGAGAGAGCGUGAACCCUCAGAUAUCUGUGUGUGCUUCAUUUUUCAGCUGUGGCAGGAAAUCAGUGAAGAGAACCGACAGGUUCAGGACAUCAUGUCCACCUUGGAGAACUUUCAGCUGGAUGCCACACCUGCUAAACCCAGUAACCAUGACGACUUUGAGAUUAGGCCUGUACAUGCGGCGCAGAGGUGAUGCAUGUGUUAAUUUACAUCAUGUGUUACCAUAACGUCUUUAAAGAGGUGCAAGCUGAUGUUGUGUAAGAUGUUUGUCCGUAAAAAGCAGCUCUGAUGUAGUCUUGUGACUGAGAUUAGAAAACCUGAUUCCCUGAUCUGAGCUGGUUUUGUUCCUGCUCAGCUCUCCUCAAAGGUGGCCUGUAAACCGCAAACUAAGUCCUGCUCUGGCCUCAUGUUUCCACACUUCAGAAAGACAUACAGGGAUUCUGUUUAAUGACAUAACGCUGCAAAUAAUUCAUAGUUUUGUGUUUUUAAUAUAAACAUCAAAACAAACUUGUGUGGGGAUUACGCAACACUUAAUCUGAUAAUCAGAAACAGGAAUAAGAAACAUCAAACAUGAGAGUGUUUGGAAACACUGGACAGAGAGGAGGGAUGUGUCAGGGCUGUCUCUGUGUACACAACAGUGAUAGGGAAGGGGCUCCAUGUUGGAUCUGUCAAAGAUUUGGUCUGAAUCUCUGAGUCUGUUUGAGCACAAAUGAAAACAUCAGAUAUAGAAACACUCACUGUCUAAUAUCAACGUUCCCUUUCCUCUCACAGACACUCCCCCUGUCCUGUCAGGAGUGUUUCUAACGCCAACAAAGACAGUGCGCCACCAAACAAUCGCCUGAGUGCCGCGGUGAGGGCCCAACAGAGACACUCGCCCCGCGGUGCCAACGGGGACAGAAACAAAUCCUCCAAGGGUAAAGACAGGAGGGAGGCGAAGGAGGCGAAGGAAGCGAAGGAGGCUGCUGGCAAAGCGAAAGAUGAUAAGGUGGAAAAAAAAAACAUGUUGGCAAUUCAAACUCAACACAAAACACUUCAACUGUUUACUCUGCUUCCUCCUGCUGUUUACUUCUCUGCCUAACCCAACCUGUUAGUUAAGUUAAUAAUGCAAGGAUUGAAAGAGACCACAUGUGAUUAUCCAGAGGGUUCGGUUGAGGAUGAACGAUUUGUGUCUGUAUUUCAGAACAAAGCUGAUGUCCAGGAGAAAGAAGUGAAGAAGUUUGAUGGGUCAGGAUACGACAAAGACUUAGUUGAAGCUCUGGAAAGAGACAUUAUCUCUCAGAAUCCAAACAUUAGGUGGUACGUAUUGAUCAGUUUUAUUACAUACAUGUUAUAAAAAAAACACACACACUGAGGCUGCGAGCUCUGCUGCCUCUGAUCAACCUGACUCAGCUCUGAGCUGAAGAUGCUCUAGAGGAAACGUCAGAAACUACGGGUGAUAGCUUUACCAUCGCUCAUUGUCUGUCUAUAUGAUCUACAUUUAUUUAAAGGUUUGAAGCUUAAGUGUAAAAACAAAAAAAAGGUAAUUGAAUGAACAUUCAAGAAGUUUACUGUUUUUUUCAUAGACUGUAUAUAAAAUGGACUGCGUCUGCCGUCUUGCUGGGUGAAGCCACUCUGGGAACAGCACCCUCUGGUGACAGGCUGCAGUAUAGGUCAUAAAUCCCGCCUCCGCCAGCAAAGCUUAUGGAGCUGUGGACAAACUUUAGAAAUUUAUUACACAGAACAUACAUUUUUCUCCCCCGAUUACGAUGUUGACAUGUAGUUACUGCAAGACUGGUUUGUGCUCAAGUGCUCCUCUUUUUUUCUGUACAGCUCCAUAUUUAAAAGCUACUAGGGGGUUCAUGUUUUCUAUGAUUGACAUUUGAUACAGCCUAUGAGCGUACAAGGAUUGCGUAGCUCACCCGGGGGAUACGCUGUUUGAGCCGAGGGUCAUUAUAGCGACUCUCACACCGAAUGCGUACAAUGGUACUGCAUAAGUGGUGGAGUGCGUACAACACUACUGCGCAAUGUUGGUUUCGGGAAGUGGAGAAAAAACGCAGAAUUACUGAGAGCUUUUCAGCUUCAAAUCUGUAUACUGGCAGAAUGCGGAGCCAAGUUGUCCAUAGUAUGUACAGUCUAUGGUUUUUAUCCAAAGUAAACAAAAGGCUAUAAAAUUAAACCUGUCAUUCUGAAUUAUUAUCUGUCGAGUGUCAAGUCUGUGAUAAUUACCUGUCAAGUGUAAUCUCUGUCAUUAUCGCCUGUCAGGUUUAUUCUUUGUCAUAUUUUGGAGGUGUCACCUGUCAGCUGUAAUAUCUGUCACAUGUCAUGUGAAGUAUAAUCUCUGUUGUCAUGUUUACCUGCGUGUUCAGGGAUGACAUUGCAGAUUUGGAAGAGGCGAAGAAACUCCUAAAAGAGGCGGUUGUUUUGCCGAUGUGGAUGCCGGCGUUUUUUAAAGGCAUACGCAGACCCUGGAAGGUGAGUGUCCUUGUUUGGAGUUGUUGUUGUUCAUCAUUACAAACAGCACUUAACUGCAUUAAAUUGUGAUGGGUGUGUUUCUGCAGGGUGUGCUGAUGGUCGGACCUCCAGGCACAGGGAAGACUCUUCUGGCCAAAGCAGUGGCCACUGAAUGCAGAACGACAUUUUUUAACGUCUCGUCAUCGACUCUGACGUCCAAAUACAGAGGAGAGUCUGAGAAACUGGUCCGCCUCCUUUUUGAAAUGGUAGGACUACAAUCGUACUGAUGCUGCGUGUGAGUUACCUCAGGAGUCAGAAGUCUGAGCUGAAAAUGACAUCACACCCGAGUUCCCAGCCUUUCAGUUACCAAGUCGGAAAAAGGCAAAUUGAAGGGCUGAAACAAGAUGGUUACAUCUACGAAAGUUAUUUUAGCGCUUGCCUCAUAAUCGGACAAGGCAAGCGCUAAAAUAACUUUUGUAGAUGUAACCAUCUUGUUUCCUCCGAUUUAGCUUUUUUCCGACUUGUUAACUAAAACCCUGGUAACUUGGGUGUGACGUCAUUUUCAGCUCCGACUUCUGACUUCUGAGGUAACUUGAACGCAGCUUAUGCCUCAGUGAACUACAUUUUUUUUUGAGUGCCCGCUUUUUGCUCCCUGACCUUUUGACCACAGAAUGAAAACAAGCUCGCCUGGUUUUCUUUUGUUUUCAGGCUCGUUUUUAUGCUCCCACCACCAUUUUCAUUGAUGAAAUCGACUCCAUGUGCAGCCGCAGAGGGACGUCAGAGGAACACGAGGCCAGCCGCAGAGUCAAAGCAGAGCUGCUGGUGCAGAUGGAUGGUAUAAUAAUCAUGAGAUGGUCUAACCCACUGGGCAUUGUUUGGUCUCAAAGAGGUCUAAUAGACGUCUAAAUGUAGCCUAGACGACUAGUCUAAAAUCAGGCUACCACAGGUCUAAAAAUGAAAGUUUUUUUUUUACGUCUAAAUUUAGACCCAGUCUAAACCUGGGCUUUAUCUAUACUACACUGUAUAUUGCUCAACAGCUAUCAUAAUGAUUUUGGUUAAGUACUUGGAGAUCAGUUAUGCAACUCACAGUUGCUUUUUGAAAUAAAUAGUUGUUGAAUAAUGAGUUUAAGAGCAAUGUCUAAAUUCCAUCUAAAAAUAUACAGAAUUUAGUUGAAAUUCGGUCUAAAAAAAAUUGCUCAGUGGGAAAACACUGACACCAUCACAAUGACAAAGCUUCUCAUUAAGCCCUUAAACUGAUUUUGUCUGAACACUUUCUUGUAGGUGUGGGUGGAGCCUCAGAGAAUGAUGAUCCAUCCAAGAUGGUGAUGGUGUUAGCUGCCACCAACUUCCCGUGGGAUAUCGAUGAGGCUCUGAGGAGACGGCUGGAGAAGAGGAUCUACAUCCCCCUGCCUUCAAGUACUGAAAUCUCUCUUAUUUCUUUAUUGGUGGUUUAAAUCACAUGGUGAAGUUAACUCUACGGAGAAUGAUUUAAAGGUUUAUCUGAACUUACCGAUGACCCAUGGUUUAUCUAAACUAGGUGACUGGAGUGACUGCUGACUCAAGAUUUAUUUAAAUAGGGUGUCUGAAGUACCAGAUGACUCAUGAUUUAUUGAACCUGAUUUAGUUUAACUAAGCGACUGUUUCCGCUGACUCAAAAUUACAUUUUCAUAGGGGCUGUUUCUGUUGUUUCAGGUACUAUUUUCACUAAGGGACCAUAACUGCUGACUAAUAUUUUAUUUUUAUCGAGGGACUGUUACUGCUGACUCAGAAAGUGGCAGUUUUUCGUGACACGUGUACUCUUACCACUGAGGGACUGUUUCUCCUGACUGAUUUAUUUAAACUAGGGAACUAUUUCUCGUGUCUCUGAUUUACUGUUUUAGUUUACUAGUGUUUACGAAUGUGUGUUUGUUUUCUGUAUUCUGGUGCAGUGUCAAAGUUUUGGCAUGUCUUGUGCAUUUCAGGGUUGAGAAGUCUGGGUUUUUGGAGUGGUAAUGAUUACCCUCUUUUAAUCCUCUGAUGUUUUAAGAAGGUCCCAGUGUUCCUGUUGUUGUAUUUGUUGUAGACAGCCUCUGAGUGGUGUAUACUUGACUGUCAUGGAGUGAUCAGCUCCACGUCUGCUCACCUUUGUUUCUGGUUUUCCUGUGUGUCUGCAGCUAAAGGACGAGUGGAGCUGCUCAGGAUCAACCUGAAAGAACUGGAGCUGGCCACAGAUGUGGAUUUAGACAAGAUUGCAGAGCAGCUGGAGGGAUACUCAGGAGCAGACAUCACUAAUGUGUGCAGGUCAGUCAUCUGAUAGAUUUAAAGGGUUAAAACCAACAAUCAGCCAAUCAGCUUUAAUCCUCUUCACUGUAAUUUCUCCAGAAAUGAUCAGUGUGGAUUUACUUGAGCUGAUCAUCUACUGAUACACAUGAAUUCAACCGUGUUUUUAAAAAUCCUUCAUUGAAAGGGCAACUGCACUUGUUCUUGAAGACGUUUCUCCCCUCUUCCAAGAGACACCUUCAGUUCCCUUUUAACAAAGAAUUGGUUAACCAUGAUCAGGAUGAAUGAGAACGUACACAGACGAUUUUUAAAAUGUCUUUUUCACCAACUGUCCUGUAAAAUAUCAACACUGUAGAAACUUAAGCAUUAAUAAACCUAUAAAUAUCUGUAGGGAUGCAUCUCUAAUGGCAAUGAGGCGGAGAAUCGAGGGCCUCACGCCGGAGGAAAUCCGUAACAUCUCCCGGGAUGAGAUGCACAUGCCGACUACCAUGGAGGACUUUGAGUCGGCGCUAAAGAAAGUGUCCAAAUCCGUCUCUGCUGCUGACCUGGAGAAAUACGAAAAGUGGAUCGAAGAGUUUGGAUCCUGCUGAGCAAGGGCAUGAUCUGAUUGGUCUGGAGCACAAAUAGCCUAGCAGUUCUAAUAGUGCCUUGUGUACGCAGGCAGCUGGGGGUCGAUUCUACCCUGUGGCGUCUUUCCUGCAAGUUCUUCCCCGCUCUCUCCCCUGUUUCUUGAUCUGUCCAUUUUUCCUAUAUCUGUCAACAAGGGCCAAAAAUAAAUCUUUAAAGGAUGUGUAAAUACUGUGAGGCUGGCCAACUGUGUGGAUGAAUGCAUGUUUCUGAAUUGAGGGUGCACUAAUAAAUAUAGGAAUAUUUUUUUUAAAGUGAAGGUGUUCACAUGAGGAGCCUUAACGCUAUUGAAUCAUCAUGGAGAGCUAAACUGACAGAGCACAACACCUCCAGACUCAUCAACUGACCAACUUUAUUUCUUAAUCUGGGAGUCUGAUUCAACAAAAACAGAUAAACCCGAGUGUCCUAAUGCUGAUCCUGAGAUGCUCCUGUUGUUUUAUUAUGAAGGACUGAUUUUACUGUCACUACCUGGUUCCUCUGUGAUUGGUGGAGAUGUAAAAACUUUGCAGAAUUUUUGAAGAAUAAAGGUCAACAUCAGUAUGACGUUAAA